AUGGACCUCCUCCAAAAACACGGCCACCUCAAACACGACCGUCGCAAGUCCACCGCUCGGAAAGAGGAGACUGAGCAGCGGCAUCAGCAGACUCAGCAGCAGUUCAACGAGCUACUCGGGAAUUUCGGACAGUCGCAUAACGAUCAUCCUGAUCGGAGGAGUAGUGGUGCUGGGAAUAUGGCGAGGGAUAUUGAGGAGUUUCAGAGGAGACUGUCGAAUGGGGAGAGUUUGGAGAAGAGGGAGUGA